GCCCCACUUAAAACACUACAGCUCAAUCAUCUAAGUUCACUAACUGGCAGCCCAAUUUCCAAACGGAGCAUAAAACAAGAUGUGCAUUGUUCUGAUCAAGGCUGCAUCCAGAAUAGCAAUUCCACAUUGGAAUGAUAAGUAGUAAGAGAACCCCAAAAAGGAGAAGUCUUAGAGUUCCUUCAGACAUUUUAUUCCCCCAGUCCCCCUAAUCUCGAGAAAUUAACACAAACCCAGAUGAGAAAGCUUGGGAGCAGAGAAAGGGGAGUUUAUUUUUGCUUACCUUUCCAUUGAGCCACAUCCGAUCCUGAUCAAAGCUGGGGCUGACGGCAACAGUUGUGGUAGUGCAGAGAUGGGCCGGAUCCAAAGUGACACUGAUGCUGUCAUUGACGGGCAAUAUCAAGUUCUCAUCCCUCUUUCCCCAGUACUUGAUCACAGCAAUAUUGGUGGGCGUUUGCGCCGUCACCAUCCGCACCCACUUCUCCCCCGCCAUGUAUGUAUCAAUGACAGUGAAACAACAAGAAGAAAAUAGCUCCCCGACCCAGAAAACAAUCUCCCAGUGUAGGCCUCAAAAAGAUCCGAACAAGUUGGGGAAGAGAAAGAGCGAAGAAGAAGAAGAAGCACAGGUGCAGCUCAAUGUACCGAUGCAAUCGGCUACAAGUAAGAAAAGAAAUGUGGGAAUUUAGAGCCCAAGACAGGAAGAAAGAAACGACAAGUCACAGCGGAAUAAUAAUAAAGAAAACAAAGUAAAAUUUGGGUAGCUGCGGUGGCGGGCGGAAGAAAAGGUUCACGGGCAUCGAUUUCUGCGGCAAAAAUGUCGGGAGAAAGGACAAGAGAUGAGUGGGGGAAAGAGACACUUACUGUGGCGGGCUGUAGACGGCAAAGCAUGAAAAUUACAGCGAGGUCAGGUAGGUGAAGAAAUUUUUUACGGCGACUGAGGUUUUGCCGCAAAGAGCCGGCCGGAGACUGGGUUCUUAAGUGUUGACGACGGCCAGGUUUUUGUAUGUUGGUAGGAAAGACUCAAAAGAGGCCGCUAACUGCUCAGGCCCGUGGCAAUGGUUGGGCCGGGUCUAAAGAAAGGGGCGGGCUCGGAUAGCAAAAAAGCCUACGGUAUUCGAAAUAAAAAAUAAAUAUAUACAAGUUUUUUAAAUUCGACACUUCUUGGCUUUGACAAAUUGACAUUCAGUGAGUUACUGACAAGUGUCAGUGUUGAUGUAACAUAUGUAUCACAUCGACCAACAAUAAUUUCAUGUGAAAUAUUUUUCAAAUUGAUGGUUUUUUUUCAAAAUUUCACAUUGGUCUAAAUGGUUAAGAUCGGUAAAACCGUAUCUUCUCUCCUAUCGGUCGUUCAAAGCCCUCGUUCCUUUGACUCACUUCCUAUUGACUCUCUCGACCAUAUUCAAUAGCAACUGAGGAUUCUAGAUAGUAGAUUCUCUAACUAUGCACGCCUAAUUCCCCCCCUCUAUCUCCCCAAGAAGAAUCAGAAUCUAUCAACAGAGAAACAGAGAAGAUGAAGUGAGUAGAUGAAAGAUUCAAGAUAUUAUCAUGUAUAGGUGAGAUUGUAAAAAUUCAUGUAACAAUUGGUUUACACAAAUUGAAAUAUUGGUCUUAUGUAAUUGAUUGAACUAUGCAAUAGUUGGAGCAAAUACUAUAUGAUGUAUUACUAACUAAUAUGGCCAAUAGACUAUAGCAUGUGCUUAUAUGGAAUAAUGAUAACAGAGCUUGGCAGUAAUGGUUUCUUUUGGGAUUAAAUUAAUUAAAGCUUGAUAUAGAUGACUCACUGACAGUCAACAUCAGGUGGCUACUCGAUUUUUAUUGUAAUAAGAUAAACAAUUUUCGUUGUAUUAUGAUAUAUUAACACUCCAAGAAAGGGCACUAGAGAAGACAAGCUCAUAGUUAGCUAUUCUCAGUGAUACAACUUGUCCUGCUACUUCUGUACAAUACUAUGGUCGACAAAAUUCAUGUGCAUAUGUGGCACAUUCUCGGUCAAUGAAUAGGAGUGUGCAACGGGUUGGUCUGAAACAGAUCACACUAGACACAACCGACAUUUAGAUUGGACCAUGUUUUGCAUUCAGGAGGGCAACGCGCCUUGGGAUGCCGAGGAGCUAUUAUCGCCCCCCCCCCCCCCCCCCCCCCCCCCCCCCCCCCCCCAACCUAAUGCAUUCAGGGGUUCGACCCCGAGAAACCAUAGCAAUAUUAGGGACGUCUGAUUCUUUUUGCCUCACCAAGGUUGGCUAAUCGUACGCAGGAGGCUCGAAGACCCCUGGUUGUGGAAGGCACAUGAGUCCGAGUGCUAUGUUGGAGAGAGUCGCCCGGAAAGCACACAAAAGAGGGACGGGAGUUACGACCGGCGGUGAUGUGGGGAGGAAGAUCGAGGAAUGGUGGGUGUGAUCUUCAAGUUGAUCUCAUGAAUUAUACAGAUGCUGAAGAAAACUAGACCGAAUUAAUAUAUGUAAGCAUG